AUGCGGUUCGGCAAGACUCUGCGCGAGUCCAUCUACCCGCCAUGGAAGGCCGAGUACAUUGAUUACAGCAAGCUCAAGGCGCUGCUGCGCGACGAUGAGGGCGCUGGUUCCGACACCGAAGGAGGCGAGUCCACCUGGACCGAAGACGACGAGAACCGCUUCUGCGACGAGAUCUUCAAUGUGCAGCUCGAAAAGGUCGCCAAGUUCCAGGAGGACCGUGUCAACUCGCUGCGUGAACGUGCCGACGCCAUCUUCGAGAAGCUGCGCGACCUGACGCCCGUGCACGACGCCGGCGGCGGCAGCACCACGUCCGACUCGGCGACGGCCGAGGGCAGCGCGAGCGGCAGUGUGGCGGCCGCAGCGGCCAAGGACAAGAGCGAGAUCACGGUGCAGCGCGUGCGCGAGAUCGAGACCGAGCUCGACAGCAUCACCAACGAACUGCGCGAGCUCAAACGCUACAGCAGCCUCAACUACACGGGCUUCCUCAAGAUUGUCAAGAAGCACGACCGCAAGCGUGGCAAUCACUAUCGCAUCCGGCCGAUGAUGCAGGUCAGCUUGACGCGCCGGCCGUUCAACUCAGAGGCCGGCUACUCGCCGCUGCUGGCCAAGCUGUCGCUCAUGUACGAGGCCGUGCACCAGUACCUCAACCCCGACGAGGCCAACCUGCCGGUCGAUCUAGAGACGCAGCAGGAGACCAACCACAAUGGCGAGCGCUACAAGGCGCUCAAGUUCUGGGUCCAUCCUGACAACCUACUCGAGGUCAAGACGAUGGUCCUGCGGCACCUUCCGGCGCUCGUGUACAGCGAGUCGUCUGCUAAGGAGGCCGACGCGACAGUGGACCCGACGCUGACGUCGCUGUACUUUGACAACGACAGGUUCGACCUGUACCGCGCCAAGCUCGACCGCAACAGCGAGUCGGACAACGCCGGCUCGCUGCGGCUGCGCUGGUACGGCCAGCUGGCGAACAAGCCUGAGCUGUACCUGGACCAGAAGGUCGUGCACCACGACGGCACCAGCGACGAGAGCCGCAUCACGAUCAAGGACAAGUACGUCAAGCCGUUCCUCGACGGCAAGUACAAGAUGGAGAAGACCAUUCAGAAGAUGGAGCGCCAGGGCGAGCAGGCCGAGACUAUUACGGCCUUCAAGACGACGGCCGACGCCAUUCAGUCGUUUGUCGAGGAGAAGCAGCUCGAGCCCGUGCUUCGUGCCAACUACGUGCGUACUGCGUUCCAGAAGCCGGCCGACGACCGCGUGCGCGUCUCCAUCGACACCAGCCUGGCCUUUAUCCGCGAGGACAACCUGGACCAGCGCCGCCCGUGCCGCGAACCGUCCGAGUGGCACCGCCGCGACAUCGACACGGGCAACGUCACCUACCCCUUCUCGGAGCUGCCGCCCAGCGACGUGUCGCGCUUCCCCUUUGCCGUGCUGGAGAUCAAGGUGCGCGAGGACGGCACCAGCCGCAAGAGCCCUGCCUGGGUCGAGGACCUGAUGGCCUCCCACCUGGUGCACCCCGUGCCGCAGUUCUCCAAGUUUGUGCACGGUGCUGCCGUGCUCUUUGACGACUACGUCAACCAGCUGCCCUUCUGGCUCAGCGACCUUGACCGCGACAUUCGCCGCGACCCAAAAGAGGCCUACGAGGAGGAGGAGCUGCGGCGCGCCCAGCGUGCGGCCGACGAACAGGUUGUCGGCAGCUUCCUGGGCACCAGCAAGCUGGGGUCGUCGGCCAAGCCAAACAAGAGCUCGCCGGCCGCCAAGUCGUCGUCGUACCUCGCCGGGCGCCUCGCUGCCGAGACGUCCAUUGCCCAGCGCCUGCAGUCGCAGUCGGGCGUCAGCGGCAUCAGCGGCGCCAGCACUGGCGCCGCUGGUGAGCAGGGUGAGUCGUCGUCGUCGGCUGCCGCCGGCGCGAACGGACACGACUCGAACGGCGCGACGCGCACGGCGGGCUACGGCACCAUCUCGUCGGUGCUGCCGUCCUUCUCCAUGACGCGGUACGCCCAGUGGCGCCGCUCCAAGGACAAGGCGCCCGUGCUGCCCGAGGGUGUCACGGAGCCGACCGAGUGGCUUAAGAACGACGGCCCGUUGCACAUUGAGCCCAAGGUGUGGCUGGCCAACGAGCGCACGUUCCUGAAGUGGCAGCACAUUGCCAUUCUGCUGGGCACGCUGGCCGUGGCCCUCUUCACAGCCGCCGCCAACAGCAGCGACAACGCCGUUGCGCUCGGCAUGGGCGUUGCCUACAUUGCCGUGGCCGUCUUCACGGGCUUCUGGGGCUGGUACAUGCUGCACAUACGCCGCGGCAUGAUUGUGGCGCGCAGUGGUCACGACUUUGACGACAUGAUUGGCCCGGUGGUCGUGAGCGUUGCGCUGAUGAUUGCGCUGAUUCUGAAUCUUGUGUUUGCGUACCGCCGUGCGUUCCAGCGGUGGGCCGACGACGAUGCCAGCCGUAUUGCGGAGGCUGGUAACAGCAGCAGCUACGUGCAUGCAUAA